UCUCGAACAAUGUUUUCUCAAUCUUACGGGAUUUCCCCUUUGGUUCCCAACGCCGAAAAUAACACAAGAUUCAGGAACAAGUGUGUAAAACCUUGCCAUAUAGGCUCAAUGUUGAGGCACUUGAGUUUAUAAAAGCAAACUGUGGCAAUUAGAUGGAAAUUCCUUUCAAAAUUCUGAAAUUUUGUUUGUUUUUGUCCAGAUGAAAACUGUUGCAGAAAAUCUUUGAUAUAACAAUUAAUUUAAGAAUCAUUGCAGAUUUAAUGUAAUACAUAAUGUUAAUGACUGAUUGCAACUACACUUACCUGGUUGCACUGUUGACUAACAGAAUUCUUCCGGCAGGGAUGAGCGAUUAUGUUAUGGGGCAUAACACCGUAACAUGGCGAUUAUUACCUUAGCAAAAUUAUUAUUACAUCAAUGCUGUUGAUAUUUGAAAAUGGAUAAUUUACUGCGGAAGUGGUCGACUUUCGUAUUUGAGAAUAACGAUGAAGCCCUCUCUGAAUUUCUGGAUGAGUUCAUCAAGGUCUACAGUCGGUUUUAUGAUCCAGACUUCCUCAAUCUUUCAAAUGAAUCAACUGAAGAGAGCCCCCACUUGACACAGCAUCCUGAAGCCAUUCUGGAAAAGCUUGGCUUGCAGCUGAAGCGUUGCAGACUUCAGAUUGUAACCAAGCUGAGUGCUGAUGGAGUUAAACAGGCAGCGGACAUACUUAAGUGCCUUGUCAUUAUAUGCAGAAACUAUGACAAUGUGAUGUUGGUAUCCUCAUGUGAGUUUGUGAAUUCAGCAAUUGCAAGCGCCCAAGCAGUCCUAACCAAGCUGUGCAGCUCAUCAGAAGAGUCACUGAGUGCAUCUGAUGCCUGUGACUGGGAGAGUUUUGUCCACUCAGUCAUUCACUUCCUUGAGUGUCUGUAUGAUCCUUACUUCGUAUGGAGGAGGAGGCUUAAAGGAUGGGAUGUUGAUGUGAGUCACCAACACUUCAAGCCAGCAUUAGUCCACAGUGAGGUCAUCCCAUUUGUGUAUGAUUGUUUCCAGAAGCCUCGGCUGUCCAGCAAGUUGCAGCUUCGUCUCUUGCAUUUGUUCGGAGCUCUCAUGUCUGGCUCCUCAACCAAUGCCACAUUAGCGGUUAACCCAGCCUCUUUGACCAUCAUACUGAGCAUCCUCUCGGGUACAGCAGCUUGCUGUGUAGAUGUCCCUGAGGAAGAGCAUCGGAACACACAACGCAUUGUUUUGCUGUGCUUGACGCGCUUAGUGCACGCCUUACACACUGGCAGCCCAGAUCAGAGGCAGGUGGAAGUGCCAGAGGUCAUAGAGGGUGUUGUGAGUGUACUGCUGGGACAGAAAGGCAAGAAGCCAUCUUCUAAGCUCUUGAUUGACAUGAUUGGUGCAUUCCCGGAAUUGGUGAAAUGUCCAGACAAAUUAGCCCUACAAGUUCAACUGGGAACUGAUCGUACAUUUGAAGGUUUAAUCUCUGCCCUCAAGUCUGCUUCGGAUAGUCCUGAUGCCCAAGAUCUUGCCAAGUGUGUGGUGGAAGCUCUCAGGGCUCUGCUCUCCAGCUCAGCAACAUGCAAGGCUUCAUUUGAAAAGAGUGUCGGCUACCAGGAAUUGCUGGAUGUUUUGCGCCUGUGUGGUCAGCCCUCGGAAAGCCUGUUACAGGCUCUCAUGAAUCUGGUAGUGGAGGAGGACUACAGUGAGAGCAGGACUGGUGCGGUGAGGAACCCCAAAGUGGCCGUCAUGAUGUUGAGCUGGCUGGACUCUAUAAAGGCCCCGGUGAUACAGGUGUGGCUAAGUGAAGAACUGCGCAAGUUGUGCACAUACAGCUACGGCAACCGUAUGAGCUCUUGCAGUGCCGGGAUGCUGUCCAUGGUGCUCACACUGCUGGCCAAACACUCACAGCUACAGUUCAAAACUGUUGGGCAUUUAAUCUGUCUGUUGGAGAAGCUUGGGAGUCUUUCUGUCAAGUCGUCCGAACUGAAGCAGCUGAUUUGCUUAAUGAAACCAGAGGAGGAUGGGCGUCAGUUCCCUUACACAACGCGUCUGAUGCGAGCCAUCUCCACAAUGGCACGUCGAGAUGGCAGCUGUGGGCCUUUGCACUUUUUUGACAUCCAACAUCUUUCUGAUUGCAUCAGCCUACCAGGCGUGCGUCGAUGGCCCGGGCCGGCCUUCUCUUUCUUUUCCUGGGUCUGCCUAGAUAUGAGCAUCUGUCUGGACAGUUAUGAAGAUGUUGCGGUUAACGGUGUCUUCAGGAGGAUGCUUUACAGCUUCAGCAGUAGUGGUGGGAACGGCUUCGAGGCUUUCUUUACUCCCGCCUUCAAUCUGACAGUGGCCACAUUCAGCAAGAAAGACUUCAGCACUGUCACUGUCACUGACUUAGCCUUGGCAGAUGGACUCUGGCACUCGGUGUGUGUGGUCCACGUCCCUGGCCGCCGGUUUGUCAACAGUCCCGGCCACGUCAGCGUCUAUAUUGACGGCAAACAAAAGAUGAACACUGCUCUCAAGUUCCCAACUGUUACAGAGCCUUUCAGUCAGUGCAGAGUUGGUUCACCAGGUGCCAGGCUAAUUACUGAGGCUCAGAACGAACUUUUUGUCAACUCGAAUGUGGAAAUAAAGAAGAGAUCAACCUUCAAGUCUCUGUUCAGUUUUGCAGUCGGGGGUGCUCGAGGCAGUGAAAACAACUACCACACCCCAGGCGUGCAUACCCUGAUUUCAGGCACACAAGACGACACUUGGGGACCUCUGAUCUGUCUGCAUGGACAACUGGAGUCGGUGUGUGUGUUCCAAGACAUUCUUCAGCCCGAUCAAGUCAAGACUCUCUCUGAUAUUGGUCCCAACUCAUUGUUUCACUUCAGUGAUGAUGCGAUUAUUGCUGACCUCAACUCAAAGCUGAUUGCAAGAUAUAGUGGCAAGGCGUGCAAAGGUCAUGUGUGUGCAGAUCUCUCUCCCUGUCAGAACCAUGGGAUGUUCUCUGGUAACAGCUGCUACAACUGGGACAUUAAGGAUGUGAUCAAUUGCCUGGGUGGCAUUCAAGUACUGUUCCCUCUUUUGGAGAACUUGGACCAGUCCAUACCUAUCCUGCCAGGUGAUGAUGAGGAGAGUCCGGGUUCUCCUUUGAGAGAGGAGGCCGAAGAGCUGGACUUGGAGGACUGGGUUAUUACCAACAACAGAACUUCUUCUGAGCUGCGUUUGGAGUACAACCAGCUGGCUGCUUUCAUCACCAUGCUGCGUUACAUGCUCAAAGAGAAGACUGUGAACAGAGACAUCUUUGUGCGCACCCACUGUGCGGCCACCCUGGGCAUACUCAUGCAGAAGGCAUCAAGUGACCUAAUGGAUGUCAAUGUCCUGAUGGCCGUUCAGCACUUGGUGGAAGACUGUGAUGAACGGACGGGACCCAAGCCUACUCUGCUACAGCAUGUGUACCACUACAUCCUGUUUGACUUCUCCUUGUGGAGCAGGACUCAGUUUGCCGUCAGGAUAGGUCAUAUUCAGUAUCUGUCGACAAUUAUCAAAGAUGACAGAAAAUACUUCCGAAAGAAAUAUGGGGUGCAGUUUUUCUUGGAUGUCAUCCGCACAUACUACAGCACAACGGAGGACAGUUUGCUGGGUGCUGAGGACAGCAAAAUGAUUCGUGUGUCUCUGUUGAACCUCAUCAAGUACUACAUUAUCAAAGACAUCACCUCGGACGAACUCAGUCAGCUCACCAGCUUCAUGUUGGCUGUUCGUGAGCCAACCUUGCUGUUGGAGGCCAUGGACCUUCUCAUCUCGCUGCUGGACAGCCGUAGCAGACGCCAGGACCAGCUCAUUCUCUUGCUUUACGAACCAGAGCAGGCCGAACUCUUCUAUCAGCUACUGACGUACCCAAGCCAGCCUAUCAUCUUCUAUGAAAAAGUGGUCAAGGUUUUAUACCUGUUGCUGAAGUCCGAACGAGUGUAUGAGAAGAGCAAAAGCCGUCUCCGACUCGCUGAGGUAGGCCACUGGGGACUAGUGAACCUCAUGUCCUCUUAUGACAUCUCUGCACCAAUGAUCAAACGUUUUAUGGAGCAGGUCUCUUUUACAGAAACUGCCCAGAUGUAUAGAGCAGUCCUGGCCAUCCUGAGUCUUGUCCACAACUGUGGUCUGGACAUCAAGUCAGAAGCCAGUAGACAGCUUCUGGCUCUGAUUGUAUCAAAGAUUGGAGCUGCCAAAGGAUUUGCUAAGCAGCUGGGCUGGCAGGAGAACAUCACUCGUCUGCUGACGCUUGAGCGCCGGCGCACCUUCAGCACGGUCAGCAGCGACAACAUUAGCAGCACCAGUGGGGUCAGCGACCUCUCCAGUGUCCCCCCGUCUCUUGCGCAGCAACAGCAGCAAAAUCAGCAGCAGCAACAGCAAACACAAGAUGACAGCAGCGACAGCAACAACAUCAGCGGCUCUACUCAGUCUGGUGUGGCUGCGGAGGAGGGGGAAGGGGAUAUGCCCCCUGCUGCCUCUUUGUCUCCCCCCUCCCAGUUGUCAACAUCUCCCUUCACCUCAAUGUCCUCCCCUCUGUCUGUGUCCUCCCCGGCCUCAGCAAUGCCACAUCCGGAGGUCAGGUCGUCAGACUCUGGUGCGCUGUCCUCCCCAGGCGUGUCCUCCUCGUCAGCCAUUCCAUCUACUUCUUUGAACGUUCCAGCUGCCCAGGGGCAGCCUGCACAAACCGUUAACUCGUCUUUCAUCUCUGCCGGAGAGUCUACCUCCAAGGCAGCUGGAACUGCAUCACCUUCCAGACCAUCUGCCUUGGCCAUACCGAGAUCAUCCACCUCCCCAGAUCACGAACCUGUCUCAACAGAUAUCAGCAACAUUGAUAGUGUAGGUGGUGGUAGUGGUUGUGGUGGGUUAGAGGAGGGGGCGUCGGUGAACACCCCACACACGCCCUUUUAUCUCCGCCGUGGCAGCAACAUCUUUGAGGAGCUGAGCACUCCGGAUGGGGAGGAGGCUCCUGAACUCACAGAAGGGAGCAGAAGCUCCAGUGCCAGCGUGGAAGACCUCCUGCGAAAUAGUCCAGCAAACGUCUCCAGUGACUCUCUCAGUGGCCUGGUUUCGUCCAGUGCCAGCAAUAUCUCCAUUUCCUCUUCUGUGCGCACUGAAAGCUCUGUGGAUGGAGGGGACAGUGCUUUGGGGAAUUCCCACACUUCUGUGAACACUCUUGGGAAUUCCCAAAGACCCAGUGAGGAUUUGGGGAGUUCCAAGAUGCCUGAUGUCUUCAGGAGGCAGAGUUCUAGUGAUAUUCUGGAUGGACAUGACGGGGAAAGAAGGAUAUCGUCAGUCCUGAAAGGAGAAGGGUUUAAGCAGGUGCUGGAUCAUGUGGGUGUAGAGCUGGCGGACACUCUGGAGCAGAAGGAGGAGUUGUGUCAGAAUGUGCUCAUCGUGCUGCUCUCCAUCAUGUGGAAGGGUCUAGAAGGUUCUUCUCCUGAAUUCUGGAAGGAACGAUGUCAGGUUUUCACUUGGAUUGAUGAGCUGGGGGAGUCGCAUUUGCUUAUACGACCUCCAGAGGAGGUCAAAAGAAGGUUGAUGGAGAUGCUUCUGCAUAAUUGCUGUACUGAUAUUCGCAAUGCCGGCCAGGCAAUUGCGUCGCAGUCAGAGAAUGCUAUCGAGUUGAUCCGAUUGGUUCAGAGCUUUGUGACGGGUGCUGAUGCUUCCCUGGACAGGUUUUCUAUUCGACUCUUGGAGGAUGUCUGGUCUUUGCUGGAUGUUCUAGGAGUCUGGGACACUGAGUCGGGGCUAGCAUGGACAGAAAUGGUCCACAGAGGCAUUUCUUUGCUUCUGGCCUUCUCGAGACAAUCAGACCUAAUGCUGGUGUCAGCAGCAACAGUCAAACUCCAUGCUUUGGUGCAGACGAAACUAAUCAGCAGCUCGGCUGAGGCCUCAUAUAUCCUGGGAGUUCUCAAUUCAAUGAUUAUUAAAGCCAUUGAAGCCAAUUCGGACAACUACGCCUACCUCAUGACAGUUCUCCGAGCACUAAUUGACAAGGGACAGGAACUCCUCACCAUCAGUGUCCACCUCCCACAUCUACCGCAGACCUCCAUGAGCCCGACUUUCUUCGAUGACUUCAAAACCUACGCCUACAGUGAAGAGUGGCAGCAGUUUAUCAAAAAUUAUAUCGCGCCUCAGAUGAGCCACUUCAUGGAGAGCAACUUUGAGGAGGGUGUCAUGUCCAUGUCCCAGUUCUGGGCGGACUGCCACGAGGACAUGAUGAUGAACCACCACAGGCACAACAGGGAGAUUGGGGAAAGCCGGCUCAAGUACAAGAAAAAUAUAGAAGAGGCAUACAAGAAGAAGGUGGAGCAGGAGAACCGUCGCUUCCAGAAUGGUCUGACCCAGCACAAACAUCAGCUGUUGUUUGCCAUGCGCCAGUGGCGGGCGACACGGAGGUUCUUCACAGGGGAGCGGGGUAUCUGGAGAGAUAGCGAGCAUGAAGAGUUGGUCCAUUGGAAACUGUCCUACCAAGAGAAUUUUGCCCGCAUGAAGGUGAAGCUCACGCAGAAUUACAACUUUGAGGACCACGUCAAUGCUAGUGUCCUGCGAGACAAUGGAGGUGUUGUUGAGACGAACAAGUCACUUCGUCUAGAGGAGCUCUCCGCUGUUAAAGGUGCUCUUGUGUCGCAGGAAAAUAUGGCUGAUGACUCUCUGGGAGAUGAGGAGUGGAGUGUGAUUUCCGCUUCCAGCACAAAUUUGGAGGCAUACACUGGCAAAGAGAAGCUCAUCAUCUCUGCUGACUGUGUCCUCAUCACGGUGAUGGACGAGGUGCGGGGUCGGCUGGAGCUGACCAACACUCAUCUCUACUUCUUUGACUGCAGUCCGCACAGGGAUGAAGUUGGAGAAGAUUUCAAGUGGGCUCUUGGAAGACUACGAGAAAUACACUUUCGACGUUAUAACCUUCGACGUAGUGCCCUGGAAAUAUUUCUUAUCGACCAGACUAACUACUUCAUCAAUUUCUCAGAAAAGCGCAUGCGGAACAAAAUCUACAGCAACAUCUUGAGUUUGCGGCCUCAGAAUCUGAUAUACAAAGGGCAGAGGUCACCAGCUGAUCUGUUGAGAGCUUCAGGCCUCACACAGAAAUGGGUAAACCGGGAAAUCUCCAACUUUGAGUACUUGAUGCAACUGAACACAAUUGCAGGGCGCACCUACAACGACUUGAGCCAGUACCCUGUGUUUCCCUGGAUUCUCACGGACUACACAUCCAAGCAUCUUGACUUGGAGAACCCUGCUGUGUUCAGAGAUUUAUCUAGACCCAUUGGGAUUGUCAAUCCACGCAAUGAAGACGAAGUGAGAGAGAAAUACGACACUUUUGAGGACCCAUCAGGAAUGAUUGAGAAGUUCCAUUAUGGCACCCACUACAGCAACGCAGCCAGUGUCAUGCAUUACUUGGUGCGAGUUGAGCCCUUUACCUCUCUGCACAUAGAGCUUCAGAGUGGAAAGUUUGAUGUUGCCGACCGCCAGUUCCACUCCAUCCCAGGCAGCUUCGCCUCUCUCAUGGAGAACCCCAAUGAUGUGAAGGAACUGAUUCCAGAGUUCUUUUACUUCCCAGAGUUCCUAGUCAACUUUAAUGGCUUUGACCUAGGCAAGCUUCAGAUCACCAAAGAGCCUGUCAAUGAUGUGAAGCUUCCGCCAUGGGCCAGCACUCCUGAGGAGUUCAUCUACAAACACAGACAGGCACUGGAAAGCGAGUAUGUCUCCUCCCAACUUCACAACUGGAUCGAUCUCAUCUUUGGCUACAAACAGAAGGGGCCUGCAGCAGCUGAGGCCCUCAAUGUCUUCUACUAUGUCACCUAUGAAGGAGCUGUUGAUCUUGAUGCGAUACAAGACCCGAAAGAGCGGGCCUCGGUUGAGGGAAUGAUCCGGAACUUUGGUCAAACUCCAUCUCAGCUGCUUAAGGAACCACACCCACAUCGACUGACUUUUGAUGAAGCGGUGGCCCGUACAGCCAAAUCCCUUAAGCCGAUGAGCGUCUUUUACUUCCUCAAAGAUUUGAAACCUUUCUUCGUCGAGGUGUCAAAUGACCUUGACCCCUUGGUGUAUGUGAACAUUCCACGAAGUCAGCCACGUUCCAUUUUGCAACAGGGAAUGCCUGAUAGUUUGAUAUCAGUAACAGAAGAUGGUGUCAUUGGUAUACAUGGAUGGCUGUCCUAUGACAAAUCAAUACCCAAUUUCUACACAUUUGACAAGGAUGCUACCAUGCUCAGUGCUAAGACCAAAAGAAGACUGGCUGCCCCCUUUUCUCCUGGUCUGCGAGUGAGUGCCAAGCUGUUUGUCGUGUCCCAUGAUGCCAAGCUUCUGUUCAGCGCAGGCUACUGGGACAACAGUCUACAGGUGUACAGCCUAGGCCGGCCCAAGCUCAUCAAUCAUAUUAUCAGACAUAUUGACAUUGUUACCUGCCUGGCUUUGGACAAUUGUGGACGCCAUCUUGUCACAGGCUCAAGAGACACAACUUGUAUGGUGUGGGAAAUCGUGCAGCAGGCUGGAGUGAGUGUGAACCUGAAUCCAAAACCGCUGCAGACCCUGUACGGUCAUGACUCAGAGGUAACUGCUGUCCACAUCUCCACCGAGCUUGAUCUAGUGGUUAGCGCAUCCAAGGAUGGAACUGUGAUUUUGCACACGGUACUCAAAGGUCACUACACCAUGACCUUGAGAGCGCCCGGUCAGCUGGGCUGGACUGUGGACAUCCCCCUCAUGGCUGUCUCGGACACAGGUCAAAUAGUUCUCUACUGCCUGGAGAAUGAGAAGCAGACGGGGGAGGGGCGAAACAAAGUGCAGGAGCGACAUUGCCUCCACCUGUAUUCUGUCAAUGGCAAGCACUUGUUCAGUGAGCCUCUGACUCACACACUGGGGGACAUGUGUAUGUCCGGAGACCACCUCAUACUGGGCAACACCAGCGGCCAGUUGAUCAUCAUGGACAUAUUCAGCCUGCGACCGAUCACGACCAUGGAGCUGCUAGUCCCCAUCCAGUGCCUCACAGUGGCCAACAACAAUAGCCACAUCCUGGUUGGCCUCAAGGACGGGAAGCUCAUCAUUGUUGGGAACAAAGGCAAGUCUUAGCUGUUGGGCUCGAUCACAAUGUAACAGCCAGCAAAAAUUUUCCUGAUGAGAUGACAAACCAGCAGUUUGUUGCAGGACGGAUGAAAAGGUUGACUGUUUUCGGAAAUGUCAAAGAUGGUUAUUCAUGAAUGUUUGUACAUACUUUCGAAGUGGAGAACAAGUUCCUUUAGUGUUUACUUGGUUGGGGAAUAGGUAUCAUCGCAGGCAGUACAAUGCCAUAGCUGCUCCUCCCUCUCCAGGAUCCAUGAAAGGGUUGGCUUGCUGUCCUUCAAUGUUUUCUGUGAAGAAGAUUGCUGCAUUGUACCCAUCUGGUGCCUGGGGAGAGAGUGAAUACUGAAGACCAUAAAUUAUAGAAUAGAUUGAUGUCAAAUGUUUUUAGUAUGUCCCACAGUUGUAGUAAUAUCUAUUUGUUGAUGUUGGUUUGACUGUGGGAGCUCUCAAAACAGCUUUCUGUACUCUUAUUGUUCAAGGGCUUUCUACCCUAAUAUCAUG